UCAAUCGAGUGUAUCGUCUUUCUUAGACUUUCUGCGAAUAGUGACCCCCUUUUGUUCGUGUUCAUUCCACCAGAGUGCAGUAGUGUCUUUUCCUUGCAGACUUCGCUACGGGACCAAGGAAGAAUGGCGCUCUGGAAUAAAAAUUUGUGGUGUGUCUUGUCAAAGGUGGCACAAAACGUGCCAGCAACAUGUGUGGCCCCAUGCAACCGAUUGAUUCAUUCUUCACCUCCUGCUGCAAUUCAAGCAGAGGUAUCAAAACCUGAGGGCCGUACAACUUGCACUUUGAUUCCCGGUGAUGGUGUUGGCCCAGAACUUGUACACUCAGUACAAGAAGUGUUCAAGGCUGCUGGUGUCCCUGUUGAUUUUGAGCCAUUCUUCUUCUCCGAAGUGAAUCCCACUCUUAGUGCUACUUUAGAACAGGUUACGAACUCAAUAACCAAGAAUGGCAUCUGUCUGAAGGGUGUACUUGCCUCACCUGACUACUCCAAUGUUGGAGAAUUGCAAACUCUGAACAUGAAGCUCAGACGCUCACUUGAUCUGUAUGCUAAUGUGGUACAUGUUAAAUCUCUGCCUGGUGUCAAGUCUAGGCAUCAAAAUAUUGACACUAUCAUUAUCCGUGAGAUGACAGAGGGCGAGUAUUCAGCCUUGGAGCAUGAAAGUGUAAAGGGAGUUGUUGAGUGCCUGAAGGUUGUAACCAGGACCAAGUCUCAACGAAUCGCUAAGUUUGCAUUUGACUACGCAACUAAGACUGGUCGGAAGAAGGUGACUGCUGUUCAUAAGGCCAAUAUUAUGAAGCUUGGCGAUGGCCUGUUCUUGAAAAGUUGUCAAGAUAUUGCAAAGCUGUACCCAAAGAUUGAGUUUGAGGCCAUGAUUGUGGACAACUGUACUAUGCAGAUGGUUUCAAGCCCACAUCAAUUUGAUGUGAUGGUGCUACCUAAUUUGUAUGGUAACAUUCUGGAUAAUCUUGCUUGUGGCCUUGUUGGUGGAGCAGGUGUUGUCGGUGGUGCCAGCUACAGCCCUGAAUGUGUUGUGUUUGAGCCGGGUGCAAGACAUACUUUUGCCCAGGCUGUGGGUAAAAAUGUGGCAAAUCCUACUGCUAUGUUGCUGUGUGCUGCCAAAAUGCUUAACCAUGUAAAUCUUCGUUUCUAUGGAGAUAUGCUUCGUGGUGCUAUUGACAAGGUUCUGAAGGGUGGCAAGGUUCGCACCAAGGACUUGGGUGGUCAAUCCACCACUAAAGAAUUCACCUAUGCCGUUAUCAACAAUUUACGCUAGUCUUAGGUGGAAUUUCUUCUUAGGUUGAUUUGGUUUCUACUCAUGAAAAGCAUCUCUUUUCAUAACUCCUUUUUUUAAUAUUUGUCAACAGUAUUGGAAUUUUAUUUAUUCUAUUAUUUAUCUCAAUUGAACCCUCGCAUUUUUUUUAUGUGGAGUUAUGUUUUUUUUCCCCCUCAUGUAAUAAAUUAAUGGCUAUGAAAUUGAAAUUGUAUUUGCUGCGCCUAGUCAAUUUCAGGCUUGUGCCUGUCUGGUAUUGUGAUUUGUAUUAUACAGGUAUGGGAAACUGUAGCGCUGUGCGCUGUUUAAACUAGCCCUGUGUUCUUUUUUAUAGUGUUAUCUUGUUUGUAAAAUAGAAUGUUCCAUGUGUUCACUGAUAUUAUGAGGAGAAUUCUAGGAAUGAUUUUAAUCAAUAAAGGCCACAGUGCUAUUGUCUUGUUUA